UUGGUUGGUCGGAUGGGCGAGCUUUUAGAUGUUCAGUGGGGGUUGGCGGUGGAAAGGGAGCGAGUGAGGGGUUAGACCCCGCUAAUCCGCGUUAACAGAUUAAUUAUCUCGGAGCAACAUCGUGUUAGGGCAGCGUUUUGAACUCGCUUGGGCGUUCGGCAACGAAGGGCUACAAUGCAACGAUAAAGAGUCCCUCAGGGGUGUCUCCUCAAUCCUAAUCCCUCCCUCUCUCUCUCUCUUUCUCUCGUUCGCUAACCCCUGCUCGCCGAGAGCUCCUCGCCCAUCCAUCAACACAAGCACCUCUCCACUGUCACCAGACAACCACACAGUUAUUGACCAUUUAAUAUUUCAGCAGCUGUUACAGUUACCACCCUCGUUUUUCAUUCCGUCUUCACGUUGGCAUGUCUCUGAGCCGUUUCUUUGAGGAUGAUCAAUUUUCAAGAGCGUCCAGCGUUGACGACAGGCACGAUAGCUCUCUGAGUGGGUAAAUAUUUCACGGACACCAGCAACGAGAGAGAAGACAGAAGGAGACAGAAAUCUCCCAGCAGCCGACUGAGGGUGGCGGAGGGGACCGCUGGCAGUGGAAAAUGGCCGCCAUGAUCACAGUGCCCAGCUAUUCUCCUUCGAUAUGGGUGAGGAUGUGUCACGCCCUGCCCCGGCUGGACCUCAGCAUGCAGAUGAGGGACAACAUCUUCGCCCCCGACAGCUGGGAGUACCAGCAGACUCUGCUCAUUCUGUCCAGUCUAUCGGCCAUCGCUCUUGUCAUCUCCCUCCUGGUGGUCCUGUCCUUCCUCAUACAUUACUGCUGCUGUCACCGCGGGGACCGGAGCGAGGGUUCAGAGGAGGAGGACGAUGAUGAAGACGGCAGCACGGGUCAUGGUUACAGCGGGAAGAAGGGGAGGGGCAUCUGCUGCGUCACGUGGGUGGCGGUGGCAGCUGUUACACUGUGCUGUGUUGCCAUAGGCAUCGGUUUCUAUGGCAACAGCGAGGCUCACGAUGGGAUGUAUCAGUUGACCUCGUCUCUUCUCACAGCCAAUUACACGCUAGCUUCCAUUGAUCUGCUGAUUUCAGACACCAUUACUGGACUGCAGCUCUCCGUCUCUGGCCCUCUCAGCUCCAUGGAGGAGAUGUUUUCCGGCAGCAAGCCGUUCCUGGUGUCGACGCGGAACUGCCGGAGGCUGUCCGAGAACGUGAUAAACCUCCUCUCCUCCAUCUCCCUGGCUCGGUCCAGCGUAGAGGCGGGGCCGGGAAAUGACAGCGGCGUCAGCGGGGCGUCCAUCACGCCCCUGACUCCCGUCCCGCCCUCUGUGGUUCCCACGGUGGUGCCCACCAGCAGCUUGUUGCCCAACCCCUUCACGCCUGGCUGGGCCGCCAACACACUGAUAGUCAAUGAGGACUACAGGUGGCUGUCGUACGUGUUGCUGCUGCUGCUCGACCUCAUAGUGUGUCUGUUCAUCCUGCUUGGACUGGCCAAGCAAGCCCGCUGGCUGCUCAUCCUGAUGACCGUGCUGGCGUGGCUGGCUCUCUUCCUCAGCUGGGGCUCCCUGGGUUUGGAAACUGCCACGGUGGUGGCCCUCAGCGACUUCUGCUCUGAACCAAACACGUUCGUCCUCAACUCCACCCAGAUCACCACCGGCACCAGCUCAGACGUGUUGGAUUAUUACCUGACCUGCAGCAGGAGCAUGAACAGUCCAUUCCAGCAGCUGCUGACCCAGUCUCAGAGGGCGCUGUCAAGCAUCCACACACACCUCUCCAGCCUGGACAGGAAUGCUCUGCCACAGUUCCCCAAAGCCGAGAAAUCACUCAGGGAGGUUCAGCAGAUACUCAACAGCACAGAGGGCAACUUUCAUCAGCUGGUGGCACUGCUGAACUGCAGGAUCCUUAAUAAGGACUACAUCGACUCGCUCAAAGGCCUGUGUUAUGACGGGAUGGAGGGAUUGCUCUACCUCUCCCUUUACUCUUUUCUCUCUGGCCUGGCCUUCACUGCCAUCCUUUGCUCUCUGCCUGGAGCCUGGAGAAGCUUUCCCAGUGAAUCAGAGGAGUACGACGACUCGGACAGCGAGAGUGAGGACCCCUUCACCUCCCAUCAGGCACGUAGACAGGCAUCCUCGGGGUCUCAGCGAGGGGCAAUGGCCCCCUUCUAUAAUUACCCGGGGGCCGGGUGGACACCCCCCUUUUCUAGUGCGCCGCCCCUCCCGACUCCAAACGUUUCCUCCAAUGGCAACCCUGGCUAUGAGAGCCUACCCCUGACUGACAGGCAGUCCCCACCCCCCUCUUACUCUCCCAGCAUGCUGACUGGUUACGGGGGAAAUCAAUCACACCCCAACCCCUCCCAUUCGAGGAACCUGUAUUCACGUUAAUUCUUUUGUUUUUUUUUGCUAGAAAAUGUAUAGAAAAAAAAAAGUUUAGUUUUCAUAUGAAUGGACACUUUAAUGAAAUGAAAAAGAAACUAAUCUAAAUAAAGUGAAUGCUAGAUGUGAAUCAGUACCACUGAAAAAAUAUUAUUAAAAGCACUUAAAAAAAGGAAGGGAUUGCUGACGUAACCAGCUGCGACGCUGCUGGUUGUUGGUGCGAAGCUACGAAUCGACGCCUCACGGUCUAACUUCUUCCCCCUUUGUUUGUUGGAAAUCUGUGUAAACUGUGAACAGUGACGAGGCCAGUCUGAGCGGUAUCGAUGCUACAAGCGUUGUAGUUUUAUAUUCUUACAUGUAUCUGUACCACCCGUUUUAUUUUCAUGUUUUUAUAUGAAUAUUGUGUAGGGAAAAAAAAACAAAACACUGGCUCGUAGCAAAACAACUCAUUUUUUCUGUGAAUGGUUAUGCAGUUCCUUCACUUGGUAUACAUCUUUUUUUAAAUUAUUAUUACUUUUUAUAGGUGGCAAUUCUGUCUUUUCCUUGUACUACUUAAUGAUGCUACUCUGUAUAUUUCACUGUCGACCGUAUCUCAGUAUUCAUGAGCCUUUGUCUAAAAGGAAAAACAAAACAAAAACAACAAAAAAAAAGGAGAAAAACUCUACCUUGUUUAAUGGAGAACUACAACUGCCACUCGGAGUGGAAAAACUACAAAUCCCACGCAAAUGACAGCAGGUACAUAGCAAUAUGACCCUUGCUACUGGUGCUGCAGUAGCUCUACCGUAACAAGCAAUAAUAACUAUGUAUAGCAUCGGGUUUCUGGGAUCUCUCCAAGAUGUUUUGUGUAUAUAUGGUACGAUUUGAGAUUUCAUCGAAUCCCCCUUCCCUGCCAACUGACCCUGUUAAUUGAGUUUGUAUGGUUACCUAUGCUCCUUUUGAAUGGCAUCCUUUUACACUCGAGAGUCUAAUAUAAAUAAAAAUAACUUCAAUAACCUGUAAA